AUGCUGAGUGAUGCAAAUCAAUCUCGAAUAGUUGUGCAGCAUCUUGAUGAAAGAAUGAGUGAAAAGGAAAUCAAGGACACUUUUUGCAAGUAUGGAAGUAUUAUUGAUAUAGAUAUUGCAACAACAAAAGGAGGUUUUCGAAAAGAUAAAAUUUUCAUUCAAUAUGCACGAAAAGAAUCAGCACAAUUAGCAAUAAGAUCAUUACAUGGAAAGAGAUUUGGUGAUAAAAUCCUUGUUGUAACGCAAUUUGAAGAAUCAGAAUUUCAAAGAGUCCGAAAGAACUUAUUAUAUGAAGAACAAGAUGAUAUCAUUGGUCGAGAAGAAGGCUUAGAACCUCCAGCUUACGUUAAAUAUCCAAGAAGAUCUCAAAUGUCUUCCGAUCCAAACGCAAUUCACGUUCCAAGGCCAAAAACACCACAAGAUCCACCACAAAUUACAAUUCCAAAGCCACCUCCAAUCGAAUUAUACCGGCCUCCACAAGAACAAAUUUUACCACCUCAAGAUCCAAAAGACACGCAUAAAGCAUCAUCAGAAACUACAAGAGAUCCUACACCACACUCUUCUCACCACAAAUCAAGUGAACAAAGACAUGAAAGACAUAACCAUCAUCGUGAUCGCGAUGAAAGAAGACGCUACGAAGACAGCAGAUAUUAUGAAGAAAAGGAAAGAAGUAGAAAGUCUCGCGAUGAUAACUCUGAAAGGGAAUCUCGGAAGCAUCGCGAUCAUAAGAGACAUAGAACUGGAAUCUAA